AUGUCGUGGCAAGUAUAUGUAGAUGAUCACUUGAUGUGCGAAAUCGAAGGCAAUUACCUCUCCUCCGCCGCCAUCAUCGGCCACGACGCCAGUGUCUGGGCCCAAAGUGCUGCUUUCCCUCAGUUUAAGCCUGAAGAAAUAACUGCCAUUAUGAAUGAUUUUUCUGAACCUGGAGUGCUAGCACCAACUGGUUUACACCUUGGUGGGACAAAGUAUAUGGUGAUCCAAGGUGAACCUGGGGCUGUCAUAAGAGGAAAGAAGGGCCCUGGUGGUGUUACUGUCAAGAAGACUAAUCAGGCUUUGAUAAUUGGAAUAUAUGGUGAACCUAUGCCUCCUGGUCAGUGCAACAUGAUUGUGGAAAGGCUGGGUGAUUAUCUCAUUGAUCAGGGUCUCUAGUUGUGUUCUUGUGUUUUCCUUCUCUAUUAUUUUUCUUUUUUUGGUGCAGUCUUUUUUGCUUUUUAUUUUGCUUUUCAAUCCCCUUUCGCCUUUACCCUUUCUCCUCUUUUCUUUGGGGAGCUUGUAUCUACCGACCUGUAGCUGGAUUGUGUUGUUUUUUUCCCUUUCUUUUUUGGUGGGUCAAGUUGGAAUUGUUGCAUUGUAGUAGUAUUUACAUAUUUCGAAGUAGUGGUAAACAUGUGGGGAUUGCUAAAAAGGAAGAAUAUGGUCUUCUUCCUUGUAUGAAGCUAUUUGUCAUUGUAACCCCGUGUGGAAGGGUGCAUUUUUUUUUACCUUUUUUCUUGACCUCCUAGUCAAGUGCAAGGGGACUGGACAACUGGGCUAGCCCCAGUUGGUUCCGGAAGAUUAUGUUGAUAUUUAUUGGAAUAUAAUGAAAUUUGGGUUUUUAUGCU